UCCUUUUUCUUGAAAAUGCAAAUGAAUUUAUUAAAAACAUUUGUUUUGAUAAGCAGUCUGAUCAUUGUUCAAAUCGAUAGCAUACAAGAUGCCGAUGGCAAACGAAUUGUGAGCAAAUACGAGAGCAUACAGCAGCUAUAUCCACAGCUCACAGCUCCCUCAAGUGAAUCCUCGCAAUGGCGCUACGCUGACAAGGACAUGCAGCAUCCAUGUAAACGCGAAUGUGUCGAACAGCAACCGAUGACAUGCUACUACUACAUGGUGAUCCACUAUGAUGACACCAUGGCGGAGACCUGUAAACGCUAUUUACAAUCGAAAUACCGUUUCAAGCUGAACGGCAAGGAGUACAUCGAUGGAUUCAAGCUGCUCGCAGAGGAACCUGCCAACGAUGAUUGUAAAUACGCCGACGGACUGGAGUCUCUCAUAAUGGUGGUCAACGGGAAGCUUCCGGGUCAGUCGAUUGAUGUGUGCUACGGCGACACCAUCGUUGCGGAUGUGAUCAACAGCAUGCACGAGACGACGACAAUCCACUGGCAUGGCAUUCAUCAGCGAUCGACGCCGCACAUGGACGGUGUGCCGCAUGUCACCCAGUAUCCAAUUGAGGCCGGGCAAGCGUUCCGCUAUCGCUUCGAGGUGGAUCAUGUGGGCACCAACUGGUGGCACAGCCACACCGAACAUCAGCGCGCCUUUGGCUUGGCGGGGCCUCUGAUUGUGCGCCAACCCAUCAAAUUGAAUCCCCAUGCACAUCUCUACGACUACGAUCAAACGGAGCAUGUAAUCAUGAUACAGGAUUGGGUGCACAACUUCGACGAGAGCAUCGCCGAGAAUAUUCUCAUCAACGGACGCGGUCGCAACAUGAAAAAGGACAGCAGAUCUAUGCCCACACUCUAUUCCAUGUUCCAGGUCGUUCGAGGCGGUCGCUAUCGUUUCCGUGUCAUCUUCAAUGGCGUUUCCAAUUGUCCCAUAAGCCUGAGCAUUGACAAACACGACUUGGUGGUGAUAUCGACUGAUGGCAAUGACAUUGAGCCCAUCGAGGUGCAGAAGAUAAUGUUCCAUGGGGCCGAGCGUUUCGAUUUUGUGCUGCACGCCAAUCAGGAGGUAGCCAACUACUGGCUCCGCAUCAAGGGCUACACAUUCUGUGCCAAGAAUCAGCUGCAUCAGGAGGCCAUCCUGCAUUACCAUAACGCAGACCCGCACGACUUGGACACAAGCACAUUGAGCUACGCAUAUGAUGCGCCGGGCAUUAUGCUCAACGAGCUGGGCGACGAUGCUGGUGGCGACAGUGCCGAGAGCAUCUCGCUGGUUUCCCUAAACGCACACCAUUUGCAGCCGUCCCUGAAUCCGGCUACGACCUAUUACACGAGCAUGAAUGCGUUUCAGUUACAGGGCGAAGGUUUUCGGUUUCAAAUGGAUGACAUCACUUUCACCAUGCCGAAGAUGUCGUUGCUACAGACACGCAACCUGGGCAUUGGCCAGUUCUUCUGCAACCGUUCGCAGCAGGCGUCGCUUGGCUUCAACUGCCGCAGCCGUCACUGCAAGUGCUCGAAUGUCAUCAAUGUGCCGGCGAAUAAGAAUGUCGAAUUUGUCAUUUCCAGCAAAUCGAAUACGGCACAUCCCAUCCAUUUGCAUGGCUACACGUUUCGUGUGGUCGGCAUGGGUGUGCUCGGCGAGGAGCGCAUUGGACAGAUCGAGCAAAUCGAUCGUCGGACACCGUUACCGCGUCGUGGACGCGGUGCACCGUUGAAGGAUUCGGUGCAGGUGCCAGCGUUCGGCUAUACGAUCAUUCACUUCAACUCGAACAGUCCCGGCUAUUGGAUAUUCCACUGUCACAUAUCGACGCACUCGGAGAAUGGCAUGGCUGCUGUUGUGCGCGUUGGCGAAGAUGCUGAAAUGAAAAUGUGCCCCAUUAGCAAUUGUGGUCUGUGCAGCUCGGUGGCGUAAUUAACCUAACCUAAAAUCCACUACUAUUUAAAAAGUUAAAUAAAUAUUAUUUAUAACAAGCUUUA